AUGGGUCUCGACAGGUCGACAAUUGCCGUUACUUGUGCCGUUCUGUUGAUCUCCACUAUAGCGGCUAUUUACUUCCUACGGAAGAAAAAGGGCAGUGGUUCGAAGGAUACCAAGUACGCUCUUCCAUUAGCCGAAAAGAUAGUAGUUAGCCACGACACACGCAAAUUCCGGUUUCGGUUGCCCUCAGAGAACCAUGUGCUUGGUCUUCCAGUGGGUCAGCAUGUGUACCUGAGCGCUAAAAUUGAUGGGAAGUUAGUGGUACGUCCAUACACUCCGGUCUCCAGUGAUGACGAUUUGGGUUACGUCGAACUGAUGAUCAAGUUGAUCAUUUGGCUUCAGGUUUACUUCCGUGGCGUGCAUCCUAAGUUCCCAGAUGGUGGUAAGAUGAGUCAGCACUUGGAACAAAUGAAAAUUGGUGAUACGAUAGAUUUUCGUGGACCGUCUGGGCUAAUUGUUUAUAAGGGCCAUGGAAAGUUCGCCAUACGACCAGACAAGAAAUCACCACCGAAGGAACGGGUUUUCAAAAAGAUCUCUAUGAUUGCUGGAGGAACUGGAAUUACUCCGAUGUUACAGGCUAGUUGA